AAAAAAUAUGGAAAAAUCUGAAGACCAACAAGAAGAUACCAGGACUCCUGAAGAAAUCAGGUUGGACUCAAUCUAUGACAAAUCUCUACCUAUAAAAUCCCGUUGUGAUCUGAUCCUCGGUAAGCUAACCGAGGACCGUGAGGGUUUCUACGCUCUCGACUUCUUCCUCAAAAACUACUACGCACACAUCGUUGAAAUCCUACAAGAUCCUGAGCACCACUCAGUCUUCACUGAAAUGACGUUAGCCGUACUUGAAGACAUCAACUCUAAAGGAAAUACACUCAAAAUAGAGGGAAGAGACAUUGAUCUCUUUGCAGCAACUUUCAAUGGAGACGGCAAGACAAAUCCAGGCUUGCUGGUAAACCUUGCAAAGGAACGGAAAUUCAGCCUGAUCCCUUUAAUUCUCAAGGCAGUCUCUGAUAAAGGGCUUAGUGAAAAAUUUGAGGUGAACACAAGGGAUAAAAGCCUUCGAGGAUUCCUAGCUUAUAUAUGAUACCUUGGAAAUGUAGAAGAUGCUUACAAGAUCUUCUGUGAGUUCAAAGAUGAGUACAAGUUCAUCACUGAUGCCCCAGAUCAAAACGGCAAGACCGUGAGCGACUUCUUUGACAAUGAAAGUACUGUAUCUAAAGCCAUAAAAGAAGGAGACUUUGAUACAUUCAAAGAUACCCUUGACAAUGCAAUUUCAGCUAUAGAGAAGGGAUCAGCUAAUUCUAUUAUGCCCGGAACUUUUAAACCAGACUCAGCAGGACUGACAUUUAUUGCUAAUCUUUGUAUUUCUUCUGAUCAUAGAUUUUUGGAAUACUUCUUAAAAUUGCAUCACAAUGAUCUAAAAACUUUUGAGAAGUUAACAAUGAUUGAGAACAUGAACCAAGAGAUGAACCUUCUUUGAAAGAUGAUUGGCUCUUGUCCUUUGAUUGCAAUCAUGGUCAAUGCAAAGAUGGAGUUUAUUAAACUAAUAUUUGAGUAUAUCAUAACUCAUAAAUCGAUCAAGAUAGAUAUCAACCAAUUUGAUCCUAGUAAGAGGAACUUUUUGAGUUGCAUCAUUUACAACAAAAACUUAAGUAGUGAAGAUGUACAUUACAUCUUUGUAAGCUAUAUACAGAAGUUGACUGAUGACAUGAUCUACUCAGCUCAUUUCACUACUUUGGAACCCCUGUUUAAUCAGGUUGACAAGAAUGGAUUUCUUCCGAUCACAUUCUAUCUUUGAAAGAUUAAAUCUGAUGAACAAGAUGAUCCUAGUCAUCAGUCAAUAUUCGAAAUUCUGAGCGGGAUGACAGAAUUAGACAAGAUUCUUACAGAAAAUAAACAAGAAAACCUUCAGAAUCCUUUAGUUAUUUGUAUGAAGUCUGGCUUAGACAAGUUCUUCACUAAGCUACUAGAUCAAGAAGCUAUGAAGAAGCAUUUAAUCUCUUUCGAUAUCCAGACAAAGAGGAGCACAAUAGAAUAUGCAUUUGAUACUGAACAGGAAAUCUUCAUCACUCCCAUCCUAGAUGCCCUCACAACCGUAGAUUCAUUCAUCCUCUUAGCUGACAAAAAGAACUGCAUUACUCUUUUCUCUACAUUCCAAGACCUCAUUUCGAAAAUAGCAAGGAAGAAGCAUAUCUUUGCUCUAAAUAAGAACAAUGAAUUUGCUCCAAACCCAAUGAUCGGCUUUAUUCAGAACCUAUGUGAUAAGAUCUACACCAUCACCACCGAUAAGGAGGGUAAGACAGCUAAGGAGUUCUUGCAAGAUUUCGAAUACUGCCAUAACGAAGAGGCUGAAAUUGACAUCCCCAAACCAAAGAUUAUGAAGAAAAUGCCUCCUGGCAUUAAGAAGAGACUUCUUGCUGAUUAUAAUGCUAAGGUGGAAGCUGCCAAAAAGGAAGUCUCUAAGAGAGCUAAAAAUAAAGUGGUUAUCAGCUCUUCUAAGACUCUUCUUAAAGAAGCAUUUGAUUUACAGGAUUACCAUUCCUUCGAAUACUUGUUUCAAUAUGUUGAGGAUAAGGGCAUUGGCUAUGCAGAGUUACUCCACUGACUUAGAAAUGAAUCUAACAGAAAGAUAUUCGUGCUAAUCCUUGACUAUGUUCUUACUACACUUCCCGAGGAAGAGUUCGAGUUAAUAGACGUAACCAAUACAACCACCCAAGAGAUAUCUUUGAGAGAGCUAUUUCCAGAUAUAGAUCUCAAAGAGUUCUGUCUUGCACUUUAUGAUAGCAAAAAUGUUCCUGGAGAAAUUCCAUUAAAAUCUAAAUAUCUGUACACUAAGCUCGAGGUUUACACCAAGAAAUACUCUACUCUUGAUGAGAAGAACAGGACCAAAUUCUUGAUCACAUCUUUAUUGGUUACUGGCAAUACAAAUCCUAAUGAAGGAUAUGAAUGUCUUAUCACUAAAAUUCUUGAUAUAAUCUCACUGUACAACAUCGAGAUUCCUAUUUAUUAUGAAGGAGAAGUCCAAGAGGCUUUGAGAAGUAACUUUAAGAAACUUAUUUUCAUCAGAAAUUACGAAUUAGUCCUUAAACUGCAGGAGAUUGUCAAGAAGAAUCUUCGAGGAUUGUAUGAGAAGUUAUAAGCCAAGAACAUCUCAGUUACAUUUCAAGGUUGGUCCAAAACUCAGAUGCAGAGCUAGGUCCUGAAAAAGACCUCCUGGACAGUAAUGAGGAUGUAGGGGUUAUUAAUAGUAGGCAAGCAGUCAAGGACACCUUAGUGUUUUGUUUAGAACAGAUCACCCUUUUUGAUAGUUACAACCAGAUCAAUUUUAAUGAUGCCCCUGAAAAGAUUAUUCACAUGGUGAAAGGUUUUAUCCAUCUGGGGGGCUUUGUGAACAUCAACGUUGGAUUUGACUCAUUGGAUAACAAAGAAGUGAACGAAGGUGAUGUUUCAGAAAUUAAGAGACUAGUAACUGUUACAGAGCAAUAUAAAGAAGCUAAGCAUAAAUUCAGUCAAAUACUUCUGCUCACAGAGUUCUUUUCUACCUUCCAAAAGUAUAAUGACUUGUCCUACGAACUUAUUGAUGUAGACUCACCUUUAAGAUGGAUCAUUGACUGUCCUGGCCAGGAAUCUCCAAAUUUCUUCGAGUACUGCAUUGAGCAAGGGAAUAUUGACCUAGCGAUGAAGUUAAUCGAGAGCUGUGAUAUUUCAGAGGUGAUCUCAAUGUUCCCACUUCAAGAGAGAACUAUUUCUAAUCUUUUGAAUAGUCCUCAUAUUUUUGAAUUUUUGAAAAAGAUGUCUAAGGAAGAAGAAAAAAUUAAGAAACUAAUUGAUAGAACUAACAUAUUAGAUAUUCCUAUUAUGAAGCUAGAGAAUUCCUUGAGUAUUGAUUUUGAUGAUGAGGAAGACGGCAAUAGUGGAAAGCCUAAGUACACUCAGGAUCAGCUCACUUUAUACUAUUUCUGCUACUUGAAGGAUAGUUUGGUACCUAAAGUUGGCAAGGAGAUCCCAUACUUUAACCUUCUAUUCUUUAAUCAGGGGCAAUUCAAAUACUCUCUUGACGAGCUAGUUAAAGUGCUUCCAUUGGAUAAGAUUAAGGAACUUAAUAGCCUCGGUUAUCAGAUCGGAAAAAUUAUCUCCCAGAAACCUGUCAAUACCAAAGAUCUAAUCGAAAUCUAAGGAAGAUAUUUUAUUAUAUUUCAGCCUCAUCA